AUGGAAGUGGAAAACGGAGGGGAGGAAGAGGGGCGUUUGGUCACCAUGGCACGUCAGUUUGAAAAGCGGAUGAACGAGAUCAUCAACCUCAUCGCCAGCACGGAUCGACCACAACAGCUGGAGGAGAUGAUCGCCGAGUUCGUGGAGUUGGGCCGACAGCUGCGUCAUGAGUUCGAGCGGGUGCACGAGGAAGAGACCACCGGCGACCGACGCACGGCUCUGACGAGGGAGAUUGCCGAGCUGGAGGCCACCGUGGCCGCCAAGGACGCCCUGCUGGAGCGCUAUGCGCUCAAGAUCGGCCGGUGGGAGGACACCUUUGCGCAGCUGGCCCGCGAGCAUGAAGACACCGAGAGGAACCUGUCCCUCUGA